GCGGCAUGUCGAGUGAUUUCUAUCUUCGUUAUUAUGUGGGGCACAAGGGAAAAUUCGGCCACGAGUUCUUGGAGUUUGAGUUCAGGCCGAAUGGUAAACUCAGGUAUGCAAACAACAGCAAUUACAAAAAUGAUGUUAUGAUUAGAAAAGAGGCAUAUGUCCAUAAAAGUGUAAUGGAAGAGCUGAAGCGAAUCAUAGAAGAUAGUGAAAUCACAAAAGAAGAUGAUACUUUGUGGCCUCCACUUGAUCGAGUAGGGCGACAGGAACUGGAAAUUGUAAUAGGAGAUGAACAUAUUUCAUUUACAACAUCUAAGAUUGGCUCUUUAAUUGAUGUUAACCAAUCCAAGGAUCCGGAGGGUCUUCGAGUAUUCUACUACCUGGUACAGGACUUGAAAUGCCUAGUUUUCAGUCUCAUCGGGCUACAUUUAUAA